UUCGACGUUUCUAGUUGACAAUCAGUUUUCAAAGUACAGUACGGCUCGCAGUCAAAUGGGAACCGAGAACAAAAUUGUCAGCUGGAUUUGCCGGUUAACAGUUAUUACGGCUUUUUUCUUGAUUGGCUUUAUCAUUGAAUCAAUAACCGUAACCGAAGAUUUAUUUUUUGUAUAUUUGUAUUGUUGCACUGGUGGUGCAUUCAGAGGGGGCUCCUGGUGCAGUGACUCCUGGUACCUGUCUGUCCUGUUUUCAGGUUGGUUUGCUCGACCUACUACUGUCGAUCAUGGACACACAUCAAAAAAUUUCCUGCAUGAAUUUAUGGAUGAGAUGCGAGCAGAGAAUAUUAAACACCAUCUCAGGAAGUUCACGCGGCUACCCCACUUGGCGGGGUCGCAGCAGAAUCUGGACCUGGCGAAACAGAUUCGAGAUGAGUGGUUGAAGUUUGGGCUGGACUCUGUGGGCCUAGAUCCAUACGACGUACUUCUGUCGUACCCCAAUAAAACGAGCCCCAAUUACAUAUCUAUAGUGGACCACCAGGGCAAAGAGAUCUUUAACACCUCUCUGACAGAGCCUGUCCCUGAAGGUUAUGAAGAUGUUGCAGAUAUUGUCCCUCCUUAUAGUGCUUUCUCUGCCAAAGGACAACCAGAGGGUGAUUUGGUGUACGUUAAUUACGGACGGACGGAGGAUUUCUUUAAGCUGGAAAGAGAGUUGGGGAUUAACUGUACCGGGAAAAUCGUCAUCGCCAGAUACGGCAAAAUCUUCCGUGGGAACAAGGUGAAAAAUGCAAUGUUAGCAGGAGCUAAAGGCAUCAUCAUGUUCUCAGAUCCGGCGGAUUACUGCGCGGAUGGCGUAGAGCCGUACCCUAAAGGCUGGAACCUGCCAGGUGGGGGCGCUCAAAGAGGAAACGUUCUCAACCUUAAUGGGGCGGGAGAUCCCCUCACACCUGGAUACCCUGCAAAAGAAUACACCUACAGGUAUCGCCCAGAGGACGGCGUGGGGUUACCCAAGAUUCCUGUGCAUCCCAUUGGCUAUCAUGAUGCAAUUCAUCUGCUAAAGAAUAUGAGAGGGCCUCUUCCCCCUGAAAACUGGAAGGGUGCACUUAACGUGUCAUACCGAAUCGGACCAGGAUUCAUGGAUGGCUUUGAACAGAAUACAGUGCGUAUGAACAUCCACACCAACAAUCAGGUGACCCGAAUCUACAAUGUGAUUGGCUUGAUCAGAGGAGCUGUAGAACCAGACAGGUUUAUAAUUCUGGGUGGUCAUCGUGACGCGUGGGUGUUUGGAGGGAUUGAUCCGGUGUCUGGAGCUGCCGUGGUGCAUGAAAGUGUGAGAGCGGCGGGACAACUCAUGAACAGAGGUUGGAGGCCGAGGAGAACAAUAAUCUUUGCCAGUUGGGAUGCAGAGGAGUUCGGUCUACUGGGAUCUACAGAGUGGGCAGAGGAUAAAGCCAGAAUACUGCAGGAGCGAGCAGUCGCGUACAUCAAUGCUGACUCUGCCAUUGAGGGUAUGUACACACUGAGGGUCGACUGCACCCCUUCUCUACACACUCUUGUUUAUGACAUCACCAAGCAGGUUUCGAGUCCAGAGGAAGGAGAAGAGGGCAUGAGUCUAUAUGAGAGCUGGCACAAACGGGACAACUGGACUGAAAGAGAUGCACCAUGGAUCAGUAAACUGGGCUCGGGUAGUGAUUUUGAAGCGUAUUUCAUCCGAUUAGGGAUUGCGUCCGGCAGGGCGAGAUACACCAAAAACCGGAAAACCGAGCGCUACAGCAGCUACCCUGUAUAUCACAGCGUGUAUGAGACCUAUGAGAUCGUGGAACGCUUCUAUGACCCAAGUUUCCGUCGGCUGGAGGCCGUGGCCCGUGUGCGGGGUGGAUUGAUCUUCAGUUUGGCUGACUCUCUGAUUCUGCCUCUGGACUGUGUGGAAUAUGCCACCUCUAUCGCCAAAUAUGCCAGCACCAUACACCAGCUGGCACAGAAACACCCUGCUGCCAUGGAGCAGUACGCUGUGUCAUUCGAUUCUCUCUUCUCUGCUGUUAAGAACUUUACAGUCGCAGCUCAAGAUUUUCAUCAAAGACUAGAUCAGCUCGACACUUCUGAUGCAAUGGCCGCGCGGAUGGUAAAUGAUCAGCUGAUGUAUUUAGAGAGAGCUUUCAUUGACCCGUUGGGCCUACCUGGAAGACCAUUUUACAGGCAUAUCGUUUUUGCGCCCAGCAGUCACAAUAAAUAUGCGGGCGAGUCUUUCCCAGGGAUUUAUGAUGCUUUAUUUGACAUUGAGAAUGCAGUGGACCCACAGAAGUCCUGGGACGAGGUGAAACGACAAAUCAGCAUCGCUGCUUUCACUGUCAAUGCAGCUGCUGUCACACUAAUGCCUGUGGCCUGAAAUUGAAAUGCAUACAAUAAAAAAAACAUGAAAUAAAACCA